CGCCCGCCCCGUCCCGGCGGCGGCACCGCCAGAGCCAGCGGGAGGAGGAGGAGGAGGAGGAGAGAGGGAGAGGAGGCGGCAGGUCGGGCGGGCUCGGGGGAAGAUGGCGGCGCUGGGAGGCGAGCCGCAGCCGUUCCCCGGCGCUGCCCUGGCUCUGCCCGCGCCGCUGAACCGCGGGCUGGAGCGGGCGCUGGAGGAGGCGGCGCACUCCGGAGGGCUCAACCUCAGCGGCAGGAAGAUGAAGGAGUUCCCGCGCAGCGCCGCCGCCCUCAGCCACGACCUCUCCGACACCGUGCGGGCAGAUUUAUCGAAGAAUAGAUUAACUGAAGUUCCUACGGAGUUGUGCCAUUUUGUGUCACUGGAAACACUAAAUCUGUACCACAAUUGUAUUAAAAUUAUACCAGAUGCCAUAGUAAACUUGCAAAUGCUAACUUACUUAAAUUUGAGUCGAAAUCAGCUUUCUUCUUUGCCAGCUUGCCUGUGUGGUCUUCCUCUAAAAGUCUUAAUUGCAAGUAACAAUAAGCUAGGUUCCCUUCCAGAAGAGAUUGGUCAGCUAAAACAGUUAAUGGAACUGGAUGUCAGCUGUAAUGAAAUCACAGCUUUGCCACAGCAGAUAGGUCAGCUGAAAUCUUUAAAAGAACUGAACGUCAGAAGAAAUUACCUUGAAGUGUUACCCCAAGAACUAGUACAGCUUCCCUUGGUAAAGUUCGACUUUUCCUGCAAUAAAGUGCUUGUGAUUCCAAUUUGUUUUAGAAAGAUGGUGCAAUUACAAGUAUUACUGCUUGAGAAUAAUCCUUUGCAGUCUCCACCAGCACAAAUUUGUACAAAGGGUAAAGUACAUAUAUUCAAAUACCUGGCUGUGCAGGCCUGUCAGAUUAAAACAGCAGAUUCACUGUAUCUUAAUGCCAUAGAACAACAGCAUUUGCCACAACCCGUGGAAGAGAGCAUUGAUGACAUCUACCCAAGCAAAAAGGACUCGGAUUCAGGUGUUGGUAGUGAUAAUGGUGAUAAACGUUUGUCAGCAACAGAGCCAUCUGAUGAAGAUACUAUCAGCUUCAAUGUUCCAAUGUCAGACAUCAUGGAAGAAGAUCAUGUUGUAAAGGAAGAUUCAGGUCACCAUGCUAACUCAAGAAAAGUGGAUUUCCAUCAGGGAUCAUCUCACUUGAUUGUCAAUGAUAAGUCAAGAGAAACAGGAAACGAGUUUGACGAAUCGGAUACUCUUACUACUGAAUUUAUGAGUUACAUUAAGAGCAGAGCAGCAGAGUGUGAUGAAUUAUUGAGAAUAGAAGAGGACGCACAAUGGCAAACAGACGAAAUAAUGAAUUUAUCAGAAGAACAAGCUCUUGAUAUAGCAAUGAUAGAACAACUCAGAGAAGCGGUAGAUUUAUUACAAGAUCCCAACAGUGGUCAAAUGCAGAUGGAGAUGUCUUCCCUUGGUCAGAGAGAAAAUACUGAAAAGGAACUAGAAUUUCAGAGAAGGAGGGAGCUGAUUAUGGAGAAAGCAAAGUCUGAAGUGAGAACUUGUGAACAAGGUGAAAAAUGGUCAUUGAGUCAGAAUGAUAUAAUUGUUUGGAAUACAAGUGGACAAACCUCUUACAAUGAGAACAAGGGUAAAAGUCCAACAAUGUCUCCUACUACAAACGCCACAAUCCCUUUUGGAUUGAAGCCACGAUCAGCAGACCCAUCCCUCAGUCUUCCUCCUAUCUCCUUCAACACACUUACACAGGCACAAACAUGGGACAACUUUAGCUACAGUAUCCCAUCUGAAGGAGACAGUGACAAUGUGUUCUUAAGACCGCAAAGAAACUUGGAAUCAAUCGACCCACAAUUUACAAUUCGAAGGAAAAUGGAACAGAUGAGAGAAGAGAGAGAGCUUGUGGAACAGCUACGUGAGAACAUUGAAACAAGACUAAAGAUUUGUUUGCCUGAAGACUUGGGGUCUGCUCUGAUGGAUGGUGUAGUUCUCUGCCAUUUAGUAAAUCAUGUUCGUCCUCGAUCUGUAGGAAGUAUUCAUGUACCUUCACCAGCAGUACCUAAACUUAGCAUGGCCAAAUGCAGGAGAAAUGUGGAAAACUUUUUGGAUGCAUGUAGAAAACUGGGCAUACCAGAGGAGAAGCUCUGCCUACCACAUCACAUCCUUGAAGAAAAGGGCUUGGUAAAAGUAAGCGUAACAGUUCAAGCAUUGCUAGAUGUAACCACACUGAAACAAGCUUUAUUCACGUGAAAGUACUCUCUCUGCUGUUACGAGCUCCACUGUGCCAUCAAAGAAUCAAAAUACUGCCCAUCUUUUCAAACUGCUUUGAAAAAAAACCUAUGCUCUAAGAGUAUUCUUACACUUCAGAUUUUAAAGUCGUCUUUCUGACUGUACAUGUGCGUCGAACUACAAACCAGAAACUAAACAGCAACAUUUUCUAGAGCAAACGGGCACAUCACUGCUUUUAUAGCUCACUUUGUACAGUACCUACUAACACAGCCACCUCUCUACCACUUUAAAAUGCGUGGAGUACACGGCUGUCUUGCAGCAAGAUACCUUCAUAUUGUUAAACUAAGAAUCAUUGUAAUCGUUUGGUUGGGGGGAGGGAGAGUAAAUCAGACUUCUACCACAUUAGGUUUUUCUGCAGUUGCUUCAGGCUAUUACUGCCUUUUAAAAAAAAUACCCUGACAUAAAAUAUUUAUAUAAAUAUUAUUUAUUAGUGAGUUGUUAUUCAUCCUUUGGAUGCAAAAUGUAAAUUAGGAAACUGUAUUUUAUUACUGCUUUUUUGUGGUUAAACACUUUAUUUUAAUAUAAAUACUUAGUUAUUUUUUAUUCUACUUGGUGUGCAGUAGGUCUAGAUCUCCGUAAAUUGUAUUUUCUAAUAUGUAACAUAAAAAGCAAACAAAAUAGGUGCUUUUAUUACAAGAACAGCUAGCUGGAAUGGCAUCCUUUAUUUCUUGAAUUUGUGGAACAUUGGUAAAAAUCUUUCUGCAUUCCAUUGAGUUUCCUACAUUCCAGUAGCACUUUUCUCCCCACCAGACUGAAUUGGCUGAACCUGAGAGCACACCCAUUUUAUUUGUAUAUAGAUGUUUAAAAGGAAAAAGGAACUAUGUAAACUUGAAAAAAUAAAUGUGAAUAAAUAUUUUUGAUUGCUUAUUUUACUAUGCACAAGACAUUUAACUUUUGCCACAACAAAAUGAAUGAUGUGCAUUAGGAUCAUGUGUCUUGAAAUAUAAUGUUGCACUGUAACUUGAUUUCUUUUAAAGAUGACAGCACUACAGAACAAAUAAUCAAAAUCAGCACAAGAGCAUUAAUGAGAUUUAUUUACCAGGCAGCCAGAACAUUUUGAUUUUUUUCUUCAGUGAUUCCUUCAAGAAGAGAUAAAGUUACUAAAAUUGCCAAAGGCAGAUGCAAAGAUCUGAUCUUUGAGACCCAACCUGCUGCAGGCAGUGCUGCUCCUCACGGUCGCUGUCGUUUUCCCACAGAAUUAAGCACAAUGUUCUGUAGUGAAUGUUUGCAGGAUCAGACCUCUGAGCCCACAUCAAUGAUAGGAAAUGUGAUUCUUAUCGCUACUUUCAUUUUUGUUAGGAGAUUUUAAAAAAUAUAACUUAUUUUUCAAACACCGUGUGGUUUAGAUCAGGAAGUUCCACACAGGGAUUCUCACAAUAUCCAGAGGAUCUGGUUUUUCUUUCAUAGGAGAAGUUAGGGAUGGAACUUGGGCAAGCAGGGCAGGAAAGCUGCAUGUGGUGACGAGGCUCGCUGUUAGGGGUCAGUGGGGGGCACAGACAGGUAGUUUGAAAUGCAUAACGACAACUAAGGUGAUGGGAGGUGUGACUUUAUGCAAGACAAUGUGGAGAGAACUGUUGUAUAAAGGCUCUUUGGAGGAACAAUGCAUACUUGUCGCUACUACACAUCCAGGCAGAUACACACAUUCACAGACACCACAUUCAAACCCACCAGUAUUCCAACAGAGGAUUUUUUUCAUGUUUAAGGACAUACUUGAGUGCAGACAACACAUUUUAAUACCACAAAUUGCCGAUGUGCUGUUAUGUAUUGGCAGUGAUGUAUUAGAAGGAGGAAAGUGGACUUUUGCAGACAACGAGACACACAGUAUGCAUGGAAUAUCCAGUUACUUCAACCAAAGCAAAAGCGUUUAUCUUACAGAGGGAACAGUGACUUAAAUUGCAAUCGAAUUGGCAGCUGGUAUAUUGUUUCCUAUAACACGUACUGUGCACUUUAAUACUAAAUUAAAAUGUAUUUUAAUAUUUUACAGAGCUGCAGAAAUAUCUGUUUUGUCAAAAAGCACGAGCGAUGUAAAGAAAUAAGUUUUCAACUCAGAGUUUAUCAAAUUUUAAAAGCAUUCAAAGAUCAAGUAUAAAAAUAGGAAUAUUGAUUUCUGCAUCUUGAGGGAUAAAAUGCAGGUUUCCUGAGUAUUUUUUACAAUGUAUAUAUGGCAACAUGAAGCUUUGUAAUUAUUAUUUUGACAAAUCUUGGGGUUUUUUCAUAAUUAAAAUUUUGGUUUUCUCCCGAUAGUGUCUUUCAGUAUUUGCUUGAUGUUGGCUGUAAAUAAAUAGCUCUAAAUAUUUUGUAAUACAGCUUUUUUUUAUGCAGUCUUAACCUGUAUGGCUAAAAAAGAGAAUCUUCAUGAAUCUUUGUAUAUUAUUUAUAUGUGCAAUAAAACAUGCAUGGCAAAUCUGUAAUACCCUAAGCAGUGAACAUAAUGUAUAUAGGAAAUCUUUACUGUAGUUACAAUUAAACUCUAUUAUUUGUAGAAACCCUUUAAUGACUGCCCCUGUGACUGACAUUUGGUUGUAAAAGAGAUGAUGCUUGGAGAGCUUGAUGCUGGGACUGAUGCAUGAGGGUUUGGGAUAGGGAGGGUAAUAGAUGUGACCCCAGGAAAGGAAUUUCGUAGCUAAACUAGGAAUAGGAUCCAGCUGGUAACUGUGGGCUUGUCCAUUUGGUGUCAGUCCCUGCAAAUGAGCUUCCCUGCAGCUCUGCUGCCCGGGAUCUCCUGCCAGUCCUGCAGUGAACAGCAGCAGCUGAAUUCACUGCCUGCUGCAGCCCAGGCUGACCCUGUGGGCUCAGGGAGACUCCACCGUCCAGAGAAGUGGGAAGCGGUAAAAAGAAAAAAUCUUACGGAUGAUAUGUAGCGUUUUUGCCUCCACACUCUCUUCCUGAACUGCAAAUGUUCUGCAGGCUUGUGCUUUAGCAAACAAAAUCCAUUGAUUUAUAUUUUUUUUUAAUUCGAGUGAAUCCGAACAAUGAUGCAGUAACAUUUUCUCUUCCUGGGGAUAAGCCAGGGUGACAGGGCUUUACCAUCCUUCUGUCUCUGCAGAAACAGGUAGUAGGGACUACUGGUUGUAGGUCAGAGGAUACAGCCUUCUUUUUCCCCUGCAGGUUCCUGAAGUCACAUAAAUUCUGCUGUUUUUCCAUUUCUCUUCUUUACCUUAACCUGAGCCAAUUUUGCUGUUGUGGGAGUGGAAAACUCUAAAUGUUUAGCACUUGUGGCUUUAUAUUUUGAUGUCAGUGCCCUGCUUUAUAAGAAAGGAGGAGUUGUUGGUGUCUUGUAAAUCUCCACAGUGCAGAAAACUUGCGUUAAGCAUUUGCGAGAGCUCUCGCAAUGCGCACGGUGGUAUCUUCCCGGCCUUCUCAGCUCACUUCAGAAACAGGUAAGAUUCAAGACAGAGAGAAGUCAACACAUACAUAGUUUAAGCCCAUCACCCUCAACAGAAACAUAAGUUCCCAGCAAUCAGCCUCCCUGCAACCUGGAAUCUAGCAGGGGCCGGAGAAACGGGAGAGCAUUCAGCAAGACUUGCGAAGGCAAACCACUCCUGCAUCCACCCUAAUAUUUCCUUCGGGAAGAGCAAGUAAAGAUUUGAACAAUUAUAUGGGUUCACCUGAACCACAGGAAAGCAGAGUUUACAAGUGAUUGCUCGAACACAAGAUAAACUGCUCAGAGAAGUAAGCUGUGUUCUUGCCCCACACAAGGUAGCUGACAGAAUUAUACCACUGGGAGCUAUUGUGGAUCUGCAACUGUCAGGCCUAAAUUCUGUUGUAUUCAUUAAAAUUAGCACGCUCGUUGGCAACCAUGAGCCAUGACAGCAUCUACAGGUAGAGAACGAUUUUUUUCGAAUCUGCUUCAGUUUCCUCUCAGUCCUUGUUAAGUCUUAGAAACCGAUAAACACAGCACAAGCCUUUCACAGCCAGCAACAAAGACAAGUGGGGGAAAAAGCCACCUCCUUUACUACAGACUGCUUCCUUCGCGUGAUUUUUAAUAGGUCUUUUCUUUAAGUAUCAUCCAUGAAAUACUCCUCAGAUUAUCUGAUGUUAAUAACCACUCUGCACAGCAAGCUUCUGUCUGUUCUCUCCACCUGACUCUGUCCUUGGAAUGUAUUUUGAGGUGCCAAGGAAAAACACUCCUAACACUUCGGAUUAAUUAAGUAGCUUGAUUGGUUGUGUCACUGACAACUUCCUUCAGAAGUAAGUGAUGAAGGGAACCCUGGUAUUUAAUUAGCUGAGGAGGCACACUGUUGUUAUUCAUAGUCCCAGUGUAGUUAAGCUACAAAUCAUCCUGAGGUCCCAAGU